AUGACGCUACCAGGAAACAAGAGCCUGAACCCAUGCAGCGUAAAUAUACCCAUUUCUAUGGACUCGGGGGGAGGGGAGGGAGGCUGUCGUAAAAGCCACUGUCACAAGCGCACUCCAGCGAGGAAUCGGGUAAACAGCGAGAUAACUAAAGAAGAUAUGAGGAACACCCCGCCGCAUCAUACAUACGAGCAACGAGGCAGCAGCUACUCGCAGUCGACGUCCGGUGUUUUCCUCGCCAACGCCUUCUCUCCACUUCAUCUAAGAUGCCACAGGAAAGAAGAUAAGAUUCCUAACUCCACGGGUCAGGCGACAGCAAGGCCAAAGGGAAGGGGACUGAGUGGAUGCAGGCUGCUGGAUGUUAUUGGUAGCAAAGGAGUGACUUGCUCAUGCAGCGCAGACUGCUGGAUGUGGUUGGUGACGUGUUGUUCCUGUUGUGUUGCAGACUGCUGGAUGGACGGCAGCUACGGCGGCACCCCCGACGGCGCCGUUCGCGCGGGGCGCGACCGCGACGGGGACCCCAUCUUCGUGGGCCGCGCGUGGCACGAGGGGGACCUGCUGCCCGCCAAGGUUCACCCCAGUCACGGAGUGUGCUACAUCCCCUACGGAGGUCAAGAGCUUUCCUUCCCUCAGUACGAAAUUCUGGUUCUGAAGUAAUCUACUCCACCGAAUCUGGGGAAAUAACUAUUUUUAAAAACGAAUAUCACACUAAGACUUGUAUUUACAAAUGAAACUGCCGUUUGCAAUUCCUGUAAACAAAAAUAUAAUAUUUGUAAAAAUGUAAUAUUCUUUUUCGUUUCUAGACAGAAAUUGCUUAAUUAAAUUGAAGAGUAUUAUAAUAAAUUUUGGUUUAAUUGAAAA